GCUCCCCACCGCUGUGGAAAAACCACACGUCAUCCGAACUCUCAAGCUGCAUCGUCGCGCCCCUUCAACCCCGCCUCAUAGACAGGAAGUGGUGCUAUAAAAGAGACGACCUUUCCCGUCCGGCCAAACAAACUCUCUCACGGCAAGCUACUCCAAGAACUUCCCAGGGGAAUCCAAUCCACAACCCAAGAAGCAUAACUUCUAUCGGUCACAAUGGUCAAAGUUCUGGCUGUUCUCUACGACGGCGGCAAGCACGCCCAACAGGUGCCGGGCCUCCUGGGGACGACCGAGAAUGAGCUCGGCCUCCGCAAGUGGCUCGAGGACCAGGGCCACACCCUCGUGACCACCUCCGACAAGGACGGCGAGAACUCGACCUUUGACCGCGAGCUGGUUGAUGCCGAGAUUAUCAUCACCACACCUUUCCAUCCCGGCUACCUCACCGCCGAGCGUCUGGCCAAGGCCAAGAAGCUCAAGCUCGCAGUCACGGCCGGCAUCGGCUCGGACCAUGUCGACCUCGACGCGGCCAACAAGACCAACGGCGGCAUCACGGUCGCCGAGGUGACGGGCUCCAACGUGGUGUCGGUGGCCGAGCACGUCGUCAUGACCAUCCUGGUGUUGGUCCGCAACUUUGUGCCCGCCCAUGAGCAGAUCGAGGCCGGCCGCUGGGACGUCGCCGAGGCGGCCAAGAACGAGUUCGACCUCGAGGGCAAGGUGGUCGGCACCGUCGCCGUCGGCCGCAUCGGCGAGCGCGUCCUGCGCCGCCUCAAGGCCUUUGACUGCAAGGAGCUGCUCUACUACGACUACCAGCCCCUCUCGCCAGAGAAAGAGAAGGAGAUCGGCUGCCGCCGCGUGCUCGACCUCGAGGAGAUGCUGGGCCAGUGCGAUGUCGUCACCAUCAACUGCCCCCUGCACGAGAAGACGCGCGGCCUCUUCAACAAGGACCUGAUCGCCAAGAUGAAGCCCGGCUCCUGGCUCGUCAACACGGCCCGCGGCGCCAUCGUCGUCAAGGAGGACGUCGCCGAGGCCCUCCGCACCGGCCACCUGCGCGGCUACGGCGGCGACGUCUGGUUCCCCCAGCCCGCCCCGGCGGACCACCCCCUCCGCACCGCAAAGAACCCCUUCGGCGGCGGCAACGCCAUGGUGCCCCACAUGUCCGGCACUUCCCUUGACGCCCAGAAGCGCUACGCCGACGGCGUCAAGCGCAUCUUGGAGAGCUACCUCUCGGGCAGGUUCGACUACCGCCCGGAGGACCUCAUCGUCCACAAUGGCCAGUACGCCACCAGGUCGUACGGCCAGCGGGAAGUCAGCACUUCUUAAAAUAUAAUGCCAAAAUGGAACUCAGUCUCAAAGAAAACAAACACACUGCAGUACGACUCUGGAGGAGGAAAGAGAGAAGAUUAAUGGUUGGCCACGAGGGCAAGCUACGAAGCCAACAAGUCUGGAGAAAUAUAUAUACCUCUUGUCGAGUCAAGCGUGUUGGCCCACCCUUUUCUCCUCUGAGAUGGCCGGAAGAAAGAACUGGGUUAUGUCUAUCAUAGUACUUAUGCGUCAUGAAUGUCAGAAUUUUUUUUUCUUAUUCUCUUCUCAUUGC